AUGUCAGUGCCAAAAGCAGUAACCCCGAGCUACACUCAGGCUUACCAUGCGGCGCUGCAUAGGGAGUCCCUGCAGCGCUUACCUUGUCCUUCGCUCCCAUGAUGUGUCCCCUGCAGCGUCCCCGGCCAUCUCCUCUGGCCGUUGCCGGCAUCCGGCUUCUGUGUUCCGGUCCCUGUGACGUCGGGAUGUACGGGCGCCUCCGGCGGCGGGAAAUUUGAAAAUUUUAAAAAAUGUCAUUUUUUUUCAAAACAAAUUUUUCAUAUGCUUUGUCCUGUGCCCUGCCUGCAUUUUGUCAGUUCUUUCUG